AAAGCCAAAUAUGCCGACUGUUUGACGGUCUCAGGAAGCGGAGGAACAACUGAGAUUCCCUAUGAUAUCUGACGUUAACUUCGUGUUAUGCCGUGUACCCGGCGUGUCUUUGCGUAAAUGUAGCGAACAGACAUACUUUAAAAUCAAGUUUCACUUGAACCAAUAAUGCUGGAUGGUCGCUCUGAUGAGAUUCACCAAAAACAUUUGCAGAUUCUUGGGAAUAAUAAGCGAAGCAUCGCCGUAGUUGUCUGAUGUUAUUCAGAGGCCUGUGACCUGCCUCUGCCAUCAUCAGUGUGUGACGAGCAUCUCGCUUUCCCAGAAGGCCCUGGUGAGCAGCAACAGGAGGAGAUGGAGUGUGGGGUCCGUGCUCAGAAUUCCCAAGAUGAUUUGCUCUCUCAGGAUAUCCUGAAUGGGGAGGAGGGGCUCAGUGAGGAGGAGCGGGCCAGACGGAGGGCAGAGAGACGUAGAGCUAAGAGGAAGCGUCAGCGAGAGAGGAAGAAGAUGGAGAGAGUGGAAAAGAAUGAGAGUGCUGAGGAGCAGGGCACCGAGGACAAGGAGGGCCACACAGAGCUGGAGAGCGAGGAGAGCGAGAAUGAUGAGGAAGAGGAGGUGGUAGAGGAGGAGCAGGUCGCUGUUCAGUACUGCAAAGACAGGACCGCCCCCCUGCUCGUUGCUUUUGGGAACCAAAGCAACCAAACCGCACAGCUGAGCUCCUGUGAGGAGGAGCCAGAGUGGGAUGUCAGCAGUGCCUUCGUCGCGAAUGCCGCCAGUCACAUCCGACCCAAGGGCAGAACCAAGUCGGGUUCUGGGUCCAAGGAGAACAAGGAGAAUGAGGCCAGAACCGGGGAGGAGACCAUGGCGGAUGCCGUGACCAAAAAGGGCGCCUCGCUCACAGAGAAGGGAAUCCGGUUGGUGCAGAAGGGGCAGUAUGCUGAUGCCAUCAGCAAGUUUACAGAGGCAAUCCACUACAUCCCCAACGAUUACAGGUUUUUUGGGAAUCGCUCCUACUGUUAUGCCUGCUUGGAUCAAUAUGCCAUGGCUCUCUCUGAUGCAGAGCGGUCCAUCCAGCUGGCCCCUGAUUGGCCAAAGGGCUAUUUUCGCAAAGGGAGUGCACUUAUGGGGUUGAAGCGGUACCGUGAAGCAGAGAAAGCCAUGGAGCAGGUUCUGAGGCUGGAUAAUGACUGUGAGGAGGCACGGAAUGAUCUUUUCACCUGCAGAGUCCUGCAGCUCGUGGAGCUGGGGUUUGAGGAGCCACAAAGUGUGUUGCUGCUGAAGAAGUUUUCCACAGUUAAGGCUGUGCUGAGCUCCCUAGAGGUGGCCAAAGGGGAUGACCUUGACCCUUUGCAGGACCAAUCAGGAGCUCCCUGUCCAUCUCUGUGGGUAGGAAAUGUCACUGUGGACUUGACAGAGAAGCAACUUCGAGACCUCUUCAAAACGUGUGGGGAGAUUGACAGCAUCCGUGUCCUACACGAGCGCUUCUGUGCCUUCGUCAACUUCAAGAACGCGAACAUGGCUGCACGUGCUCUGGAAACACUACAGGGAAAGGAGAUUGAAAACACCAGGCUGGUGAUUCGCUACCCAGACCGUCGCCCACUGAGAGCCCCACCCUCCCCACUGAGGACCGCCCCCUGUGUCGCCCCCUUAGUGUCACAACAGGCUGCUGCUGCUGGGCCCAGACGACAGGGUCCCAUCAAUGGGAAUGAGUGCUACUUCUGGAGGACCACGGGCUGCCACUUUGGGGACAAGUGUCGCUACAAACACAUUCCAGAGCAGCAAGGCCGGGACCGGAAACCAUGGCAACCCUGAGAACUUUGAAGCCUCGUCAUGCAAGCAUGGCCAGAGAAAAACAGAGACUGAGAAAGCUGAGGCUGGGUCCAUAUGAACAAGGGGGGGGGGGGGGUGUGCAGGAGCUGGCCUCUGGGCCAGUCUAGAAAAGUCCCAGAGACACUUACAAGUGCCUUGAAGUCCCCAGUUGCAGCUGUUUUGUGUAUAUAUGUGUGUGUGUGUGUGUGUGUGUGUGUGUGUGUGUGUGUGUGUGUGUGUGUGUGUGUGUGUGUGUGUGUGUGUAUGUGUGCGUUUAAAAAAAAUCUGCCUCAGAUUCAAGCAGAUGCAGGCCUGUUUCAUGCAACAACCAGCCGCAAUCUUGGAAUAAGAAAUGGUGCCGGCAGUUGAAUCCAUGUUUAGAGGCUCCAGUUUUGCACUCAGCUGAUGUUUUUAGUAUUACCGUUAACCCCUCAAUCUUUCUUCUCUGUGCCAAAACCAAGUGUUCCUUACUUCACCUGUCCACAUGAGGGUGCUGUUGCCUUGAGUGUGAGUUCCCUUGUGAGCCCUUCCCCUUAAGUGCAAGGUCCUAGCAAUGGUUUCCCUGGCACAGGUGGAAAGCGGUCGUAUUGAUAUUUGCACCACUGACUGUAUUCACAAAUGCAUUGCUGGUAUACUUUCAGUGUUUUAGUUUUUAAAAGAUUAACUUAUUUUGUUUAAUUGCGUAAGAAGAAGGGAAUCACUCCAGGGUUUCUCAAUUCCAGUAUAGCUGCAGACUUCAAUUUAGACGAGUCAUUUAGCCUUCUGAUUCCGCUGAUGUCACUCAGAUCUUGUCCGUUUUUAUCUUCCCUUCCCAGUUUUGAGAUUGUUAGUCGUUCGUUGAAGUGGAAACCCUGCAGUACUGCUGCUCUACUGGGCCGGAGUUGAGAUGUCCUGUUAUAGGACUGUAAUUAAACGUGUGUGAACCACUUACUGUAAGACAGACUCAGACCUUCAGGACAUCUCUGCUUAUUUAUAGUGAUGUUCACCCUGAAGGGGUGCCCUGUGUGCCUAACUUGCUUUUGAUUGGAUGCUUUGGAGGCAGGUAUAUUGGAUUAGUUAACUGAAAAGGAGAAAGGUUCACAAAUGUAGUGUUAUUGAUGGUGCCUGUGUUUCUUAUCGAAAACCUGGAAGAGAGUACGGUACAUUGUUUCUACCCAUCUAUGAUGUGGCACUUUCCAAUUAUUUUCUUUCAGUUGACCCUUUGUGGAGGAAGACCUUUGGCUAUGGUACAUCUUUCCCCCACUAGGUGGCAGGCUAUUACAUAAUAUAUUUUGUAGCAGGGGAAGCAGUCAAUGCUGAGCCUUCUGACCUGAAUGAAAUUAUUUUUGCCCCAGAUGGGAAUCCAUCUUCCAAGACACUAUGUUCUUUGUGGCUUUUGAAUUGCUGUUGUGGGCUCAUGCAGUUAACCUCCCAAGUCCAUCAAUUAAAUUUUUUUUUUUUUAUCAGGUCAUACAAGAAGUGACUCUUUAAUUAUGAAAAUGUAUAAUCAAUCUUUAUGUCUGUGUAAGUUUGCUUGUUUGUUUUUUAAAUUUUUUUAAAUUCAAAAGCAAUAUCAAACUGCCUGAGUCAGUCGGUGUCCUGAUUCGACCUGUUUGUUUCUCUGGAUAAGUUCAGCCUGGUCAUUGUUCUCAGGAAGGGUUUAUGCCACUUUCCGCUCUGAAGCCUGGACCGCGGGUUUAACCGCUCUUCUUUGAACUGACGGUCGUCUCUCAGGAAAACGGUCGACGCGUGGCUGACGCUGUUUAUGCGAACGCGGUUGCCGCGAUGGGACCGUCCGCUGCGGCUGUCGUCACGGCCAGAACGCACCGCCGGUCGCACUCCCGCCUGAUGUGGUCUGGGAAGAGCGGGCGAUGGUGCGUGGGAUUUGCGGACGGUCGGCAAGAAGGGCCGCGCCCGAUGGUAUGGCUGAUCUGGCCUGGAUGGAGCUUCGACAUCCAGAACUUCCAAAUCCUGGAUAGUGAACUAGCCACACUAUACGCAACAAAACCAAGUAGUGCAGGUCUCCUAAGGGACCCCCGUACUCACUGCAUCGGUACGGCUUUGUAUUGCAUUUAUGCGUACUGCUCGGGUUUCUGUAAAGACGCCAGUCCUCGCCGCUUGCUUUUUGCGCUUGCUGAAACUAUGUGAAUUGUCCAUAGCCUUUAGUUAAGGUCUCUGAUAGUGUGAUGCCUCCACCCAUUCACCUUUACGACGUGUAAAAUUGAAGUGGAUGACUGAACACUCUAAUAAGAAAGUUUAGAUUUUUUAAAAUGUAUCGUUGCAUGUUUGUUCCCACAUUAAUCUGGAGUCACCAGCUAUCUAAAAGCUUUAUUUUAUUUAUUUUGUUUUUUUCUGUCAUAAAGUGGCCAUGAAGAGAGGGCCUUUCUACUUUGUUUUUAUUUCAUCUGGGCUUCACAUUAGAGUUAAUUAUGAACAGUAAUAGACCUCAAUUAGGGAUGGGAUGGGGGGUGUUUUUAAUUUCAGGUUGUUUGGAAAUGUCUGCAGCAGAGUUACUUAAGCAUGAAGUUGAGCUGGUAAUUGCUGAAAGUGGAUGGUGUAAGUUAAGGCUGCUGUCUGGUGGAGAACAAUGAAACCAAGCAAAUUUUCCUGGCGCACUUUUUUGCCAGCCUCUCCGAUGCAAUUCCACCCCCACCCCCCAUCCCUCAGAGGGCUGCUCUGUCAAGCCAGCUGUUCGAGCAUCAAGUUACGAUUUCUGGACAGUGAAUUUGGGACAGCCGCCCUUGCACUUUACCACAUGGGUGUGUCUGUUCUUGCUCUGAUUCUGGCCAUGACAUUUUGAUGGGCUUGAGAGUGAAAAAUGUUUGCUCCACUGUUUUGUGUGCUAGUAGAAUGGUGGGAUGAGAACGGUGUGGCACUGUUUCCAGUAUCAUUUACAUUUGAGGAUUGAGCUAGAUUUUUCUACUCAUUAACAAAGCAUUCACACGGUAAUGAUAUAUAAUGUAAGCAUUAGUUAUACAAGUAAAUGGCUGCUUGGAGAAAAUGCACUUGGAAAGGUGAAAACUUUUAAUUUGUGGAAAAUUGUUCUAUAGAUAUUUGGACAACAAAGCUGCCUUUCCAACUGGCCAUUUUUUAUGUUUGAGGAGUGUUAACCAAAGGGACCUGCCAUUUUGGCCCACCCCUUUCCCCGCCCACUCAGGAACUAGUAUAGAUGCCAGAAAAUGUGUUGAUUUCUUUGUCUGAUUUUAACAAAUUUAAGGAAUUUGAAUUCUGAAUUUCAAAGUUAUGCUUUAUUUCAGGUCCUUGUUUCUCUCACUUUUUUGUCUAGAUUUUCUAAUUUGAUAACACUCAUUGAUGUUUUUUAUUGGUUGUUUGUGCUCUGUACUCCUCUUAACUCUGUAGAGGCUGUUGGAAAUGCACAUUCCCCCCCCAAAGAUGUCAAUAAAUUGAUUAUUAAGGGUGAAAAAGUUUACCAAAGUAGUCACUGUAAUAUUUUUCUUAAGUAUGACUACUUGUGAUAAAUGUUACUGAAUUAGUUUGUGUGUUGCUGCCAAAGAGUGCAGUAAACAUUACAUUUUCAAUUUUACAAUUAC